AUGAGGGCGGUCCAACUUGCAGUACUUGCUGCCUCAGCAGCUCCCGCGGUCUCCGCCAAAUACGUCUGGCCAGCACAGAAUGAUUUCAUAGAAGACUUGCUGGCCAUCCAAUCAGGCUAUAUCAACUUCGGCUUCACUGACACGGUCACCCCUUGCGGCUUCGGCUCCAACACUCCUGGGCAGCAGACGGCUGCGGAAUGGGUGCGAACGGCAUUUCGCGACGCCAUCACGCACGACAAAUCGGCCGGGACGGGUGGUCUUGACGCAUCCAUCAUCUACGAAGCCACCAAAGACAAAAGGCCAUCCUUCAACAACACCUUCACCUCAAUGGCCGACUUCGUCAACCCCCACGCGAGCGCGGCCGACAUGAUAGCGCUCGCCUUCGUCUCCUCAAUCGCAUCCUGCGGCGGGCCCCGGGUCCCUCUGCGAACGGGACGCAUCGACGCCACCGCGGCCGGUCCCUCCGGGGUCCCCAGACCCCACGACACGCUGGACAGCAUGACGUCCGCCUUCGCGCGCGCCGGCUUCAGCACGAGCGACAUGAUCGCCAUGGUGGCCUGCGGGCACACGCUGGGCGGCGUGCACAGCGUCGACUUCCCGAGCAUCACGGGCGGCGAGGUGUCCGACACCAACGUGCCCAAGUUCGACCGCACCGGCGACCGCUUCGACACGGCCGUCGUCGACGAGUACCUCGACGGCAACGGCGCCAACCCGCUCGUCUUCGGCCACAACGACACGACCAACUCGGACAAACGCGUCUUCGGCGCCGACGGCAAUGUGACCAUGACGGCGCUGCGCGACCCCACGACCUUCUCCGCCACCUGCGCCGACAUCCUCGGCCGCAUGAUCGACGCCGUGCCCGCCGCUGUCACCCUCAGCGACCCCAUCGAGCUGGUCGACGUCAAGCCGUACAUCGAGCGGUUCGAGCUCGCAGACACGAACACCAACACCCUGGCGUUCGAAGGCCGCAUCCGCCUCCGCAUCACGAACCGCAACGCCGCCACCGCGGACGACAUCUGCGUCGCCCUGAACGUGCUCACCCGCAACGGUGAUAAGCGGACCGUCGCGCCGGCGCUCCGCGCGCGCGGCACCUCGCAGGGCUUCUUCGGCGAGGCGUUCGCCUGGUACGAGUUCGCAACAGAACUAGACGCAGCCGCAGGCGUCAAGGCCUUCGACAUUGAGCUGACCAACACGGGUGCGGCCGACGAGACGUACGACAACGCCGGCACCGGCGGCUACCCCGUUAGCGACGCUCUGCUCUUCGCGGCGUCGCAGUCGUGUCUCGACAGCAGCGGGGUCAGUGACGGCCACAACGCGACGGCGACGGUGCGCGCCGCGGUGCGGCAGGACCUGGACGAGGCUGGUAGCAAGCCGGUCGUGAAGCUGGCGCGGAAGAUCCAGCAGGGCGUCGUGCUGCCGCGGUUGGAGGUCGAGGCGGUGCCGAUGGAGAAGACGGUCAGCAGGGGUGGCUAUGUGUUUUACACGGCCGAGAUGCAGCUCGAGCCGGCGGGGAUGAGCACGACGUUCGAUAUCGAACUGCCUACCAAGGAUGGGACCGUCGUUUCGAAGCUUCACAAGACCGGUCAACUGUCGACCGGUGCGUGUCCGACGUUGUAG